UUCUGCCAUUUCAAUCUUUCAACCUUGUCUGACCCAAUUUGUUUCCCAUUCACCUUCUCAUCCACCCUUACUCAUCUCCGCUUUUCUAUCGUCCAUUCGUUUCUUUUAUCGAAAAAACUUUAAUUAUAUUCCUCCAUCUAAUCAACUCUUCGUCAGCUCUUUACAGGCCAGCAUUAUCGUGAGCUCUGAAGAAUGCCUCUGGGCCACUCAGAGAUUCUGCCGUUGCACGGACAUCCGGCUGGAUCCCUUGGUCACUAUGCUCAUACAGCACGGUCAUACAUUCGCAAUUUGGCUAGGCGCCUCUCACCAUCGCGUGCUAUCCUAGUAAUUCUCUCCAUCUUGGCCUUCUAUGUCCUCACGACCUCACUUGCACACGAUGACAACGGUAUGGACUCACGUUCACCUUCAUCAAGCAAGAAUAGCGGUAGCAGCAAAGGCAACAAUCAUCCAGAGUCACAGAUGUCACUAAAGGAAAGAAAAUUACGUGAAGAGCACGAGCGCAUGAUGAUCGAAUGGGAUUCACGUUCAAAUUACAGGACAGAUCUAGCGGAAGUUGGGACAAGUCGCAUCAGCUCAUAUCCUGCCAGUCUCUUCACUACAUCCUCGGAUCGAGAUCAUCCUGCUUCAUCUUUGUCCUCCAACUCGAAAUACAUUCCUGUUACUGCUGUCAUUCUAUCAUGGAAACGUAAAGAAGGUGCUAAAACUGUCGUGGCUCAUCUGCGGAAAUACCCAUUCAUUAAGGAGAUCCUCAUCUGGAACAAUAAUCCCGAGGUUGUCAUCGCUGCAAGUGAAUUUACAGAUCGCGCCAAGGAUUCUGAUAGCAACAACAACAACAAUGGCAAUGCCACAGUCUCAGCAGAAGCAGCGAAUGGUUGGCCAUCUAUAAUAGUGUUCAACUCUGUCGCUAAUCUUCACGAUUUUUCAAAGUACACAACUUGUUCACUUGCAAAGUAUGAUCACUGUUAUAUCCAAGAUGACGAUUGGAUCAAUCUGUCAUUGGACUCGCUCUAUACACUCUUUAUAGACCAUCCCAACAGUCUGGUCACGAGCACAAUUCCAGCCAUGUAUGCUCAGCAGCGUACUUGGAUGUUCCAGAACGCACAGGUGGGAUUGCAUACAGGAUUUUCAUGGUUGGGCGCUGGAUCUUUCAUGCCAAAGAGUGCAGUCUUCAACUUCCUGUUACAGCUUGGAGGAAGCAACCUAUGGAAGGAAAGAGUUCAGCUCUCGGAUCUGUUCUUUUCUUUAUGGCGAAAUCAGUAUCCGAUCGUUCUCAGCCAUGCAUUAGCACCACUGGAUCAAAGUUCAAGCUGGAGUGGCAGGAUCGAUCAGUGGAGUGUCGUCUAUGAGCAUAUGACAGAUGCCAUAGUGCGUAUAACAACAGUUUUGUCAGGACUUGGAUUAGUCAAUGGAUCACCUCACAGAGUGGGGGCCAAGUCUGAUUUUGAAACAGAGGAGGAAACACCACUUUUCAAGGAUCGUCACACAAGAUCAAGCUGUGCCAAUGACAAGUGCCUUUUCCAAACUAAUGUCGACAUGUUUCCAGCACCAGAUCAGGUCAAGUGGUCGGUAGAGCCUCAUAGUAGAGAUAUUCAUGCACAUGAGGCACGGUUUAAAGCAUUGGACUACCCAAGCCCAGAAUUUGUGGCGAUGCAUACGUAUCAUUACUCGGUCGAUCAGGAUCUGUCAACGUGCUGGCACAGCUAUCAUGCCUUGGCAAGGGGCGACUUCUUCGGUCUUCAGUUUGUGUUACCGUUGCUUGAUCUUGGUGCAAAUGUCAAUUCAAUCGAAAUCUGGUCAACAUUGGAUUCGACGUUACAGGUUCUUGAGUCUAAUAUGCUCAUCAAAGCCAGUGUGGAUGGCGAUGAGUGGAUGACAUGUAGAGGCCAGGUGGAAAGGACACAGGGGUCAGUCAGGUUUACGGAUGUCAGUUGUACUGAUGUAGGAAAGAAUGUUGGUAUUCAGCUGGACACGCGGGGGAUUCAAUACCUCCGCUUUGAAAUGACGGAUAAGGUUACUUCACCCAUUGAAAUCUGUGGCAUACGUGUCGGCGACAUGCUACUUUAAAUUAUCUUUUUGUUACCAUCACUUAUUUUAUAUAUCCAUCUUAUACAAUUAUUAGAACAUGCA